UCUUGAACUGUACUGUUGAACCAUGUUUCGUUCAGCGUUUUUUGUGUGCGUGAUUUUUCAAGCCCUCUUGUCGUUUGCGGUACCAGAAUGGAUUUGCCCUACCGGCAACAAAUUUUGUUUCCAGUGGGUCGAUGAGCGCCCUCGGUCAUGGAAUGAAGCACAAGCUAGAUGUGCCCAAAUGGGCGCGCAUCUUCCGGGAGCAGACCACUUGGAAGCAUUCGGACAAUCAUGGAUCAAAGAGAAUCCUUUCUGGACAAGCUUGUGUUUCAGCAAUGGGCGCCUGCAAUGGUUAAGCAGCACCGACCCUUAUGAAGAAAGAAAUCUCUUGUUUCUUGAAAAGUUUUUGCCUGACUUGAUGGCACCUGAUAUUAUUAAGAACCAAAUGUACUGUUACCAUACUGGAGGUGAUAGGAUUGAUCAACUAAAAACUUUGGGCCUUUCUCUGAAAGACAGCCAGCAGACUGUAGGCUGUAUGUGUGUUUCAAAUUAUCCUUCUGCUCGUGAAUUCAGAGUUUUGACACCAAAAGGGCAAAUAUUAUCUGUUUCGGCAGUGACUGAAGGUGCCGACGUUGACUGGGGACCUGUAGGACAGAACCGAAACGGAUUCGUCAACGUCUCCCCAUCCAAAAUUACCUCGCUCAAGUUAAAAUGUGAGGUAAAGACAACUGAUGACGCUCACGGACCAGCUAUUAAAAUUAGAUGGAUUCGAAACGGCGGUUACGUAGGAAACUUCCCCCAGGAGAUUAGUUUUGCUUCUGAAGAGGAUUUUACUCCUUGGAUCGGUUUUAUCACAUGCGAAGCAUUGUACGGGAACGAAGCAAUUCGAAGUGACGGAUUCCAACUAGUGGCGUGGAACACUGUAACAGUACGUCUCGUUUCCACAUGUGUCUCUUGCCGACUUCACAACAUCCUAGAGACUGCAAAAAUAAUUUUGACACAGUUUGUCGAGGUGGAGAUCAGUUCCGGUAAGGGAAGGACUUUGAAAUUUCACGCUGAACCACCGGUUAUACAGCAAACCUAUAUCACAUUCAUAAUGCACAUACAAAAUAAGGAAAUCAACAAGUUUGACUUUAAAAUGGUUCAAAAGCUUGGAAAGCAAUUUCAGUUGUCACGUUGGGCCAAGAGCCGUUCGCUUUUUCUACCUAACGAUAAUUUUGAAUUACUUCUCGAUACUAUAAGUCCAUGCAACAUGGCGUUGCCAAAAGAUGGCAAUAAUGUCACGUGGGUUGGCUAUCUAGGACAAACAGUAACAUCAGGCAAUUUUAUUGGUGGACCUGUCUGUUUAGACAAUCAUGGAGAUAUCGUUACAAGAAGUUGUGGUUUGCCCGAAAUAUAUCCUUUUCAACAUCAGACCUGUUCGACUAUGAAAGCCAGACAAGAAAACCCACAAUGUUUCUAUGGGUACGAAGAAGUUGAUGGAAGGUGCUACAAAAUGACAGAGAUUACUAGUUUUUCCACAGCCAUCGCCCAAUGUUGGGCUGGGUGGUCUGUGCAGCCUGAAAUAUUGAUGCCAAACAGCUUGUCCAAUUGGGUUCAAACAUCACGCGAAUGGAUUUAUCAAACGCGAAAUUCAGCGACUGCAUUAGUUUGGCUUCCUCUUCGUCGCCUCAACAGGGCGUCUCUUCUCCAAACACCUGUUUGGAGUUGGAACACAGUCAGCAACCGGUGGAUUUUCCAGACAAAUGAUUGGAAUAAUACGGUGGAAAGCUCGGAGGACAACUCGUUGUGCGCGGCGUACGAUUUAGGAAAGAAUCAAAUAAUCAGCACAUCUUGCCAAAAUCAGUUGCCGAUGAUCUGCAAUCGUCCCCUAAUGCCUGAGUUACCACAGCCAUUUAAUUUGAACAGCCAUGUGGGAGAAUAUUUUUGCGACCCGGGUUGGCUCACGCAUUUGUUCGUACUAGACGCCGGAAUUUGCUAUAAACGCUAUACGUUAAAAGUAGCCGUCGAUGCGGACGAAGCUCAAGAAUUCUGCGUACAACACGGAGGCCAUCUUGCCAUAGCUCCGACACAUGCCACGCGAAAAGCUUUGGAAGACGUCUACGCUUACUUUAGUAACAGAAGCGUUGUUGAUUCCUGGAUUGGAUUAUGGAAUCGGGAUGAUCAGCCAGGAGCCUUCAGAUGGUUGAACGAAUCAGCUGGCAUUAACAAUUCGACUUACAAUUGGCACCCUUACAGCGAUUUCGGAAAUGGUUAUGGAUCUGCGUUCCACCUCGGAAUGUGGUGGAACUGGCCACGCGAAACCAAACUAUGGGGCCUGGUCUGUCAGAAAACAAUGUUCGAUUGGCAGCAUGGCCUAAGUUUGCUGAUCGAGCCUCCCACCGAUUCAGACCGAGAAGGCGAAUACGCGGUCGUUUUUACAUACAACCCUAAACCCACUUUUCGAGAAGGAGAUGACCAGAAUUUCUGGCCAAACGCUACAGAAACUCGGAGGCAGUCGCACAGUUCUUACUUGAAAAAAUCUUUUUGGCAAUCUGAUUUUGACGUUGUUUGUCAUUUAAGAAACUACGUCCGACGUUUCAGUUUUCGCGACCGUGGAUUUCGUCGACAAUAUCGAACUAUUGUUUCCGUGCCGGCCACUAUGGGAUCAGGUCCGCUGACUUGCGAAGCCUGGCUAAACCGACCAGCAUUUCGUUUCCAAUCCAAUACCAUCGUUCACCGCCCAGCCCGUUGGUAUAAUUACGUCAUUGUUAUUGGGCAACGACAUCAGCUGUAUCCCCUUCGACAACAUCGCCAGCCAGCAUUAGACGGGAACCGCGAGUCACUUGCUGAAGAUCUAUUGCAACGAUUGAAUGGAAAUCGUUUCCGUUAUUUCCGAGAAAUUAUGAAUAAUUUCUCAAUUAUUACGAUCACCGUUGAGCCUAACCCGAGCAACACAACAGACAUUAAAAACAUUUUAAAUUUUGUGGUGUCGUUCUUCGUCCCAUCCGAUAUCCCGCAAUAUGAUUUGUUGGGUUAUGCGAGAAGAUGUCAACCACAAUGGUAUUUUGGUGAACUGAACAUGGACACGUUAGAGUAUGAACGCGUUUUGCACGCACUCUUGCAGUCCUGUUUGCCAUUGAUUUACAAAAACGACGAAAACUACCAGUUUAUCGAAACUCGGAGCACUGUGGCCUGCCCUCCAGUUCGUCCAAUCGAAACACCUAACCAUCACACUCGCGAAGAAGCUCCUAUGACUAUUGAUCGUUUGGCUUGGCCUAGGACGGAUAUCAACCGGAUGACCAGAUCUAUCUCUCCCUGUUUAAUUGGAGGGCAUAUGGUUCAUCGCACCUGUAUGGGCAGCUUCGAACGAGGUGCCAUUUGGGGACCACCAAAGAUAGAGGAAUCAACUGGAAUCAUAUAUGAGGCAACCACUGUAUGCGAAACGCCGGAGAUAACGAACGCUAAACUGUAUCAACUUGAGCGGAUGUCUCAGACGGUCGUGAAUGGCAGACUAUCAACGGAUGUCAUUUUAAAAGAAUUGUUAACUGAAUGGGAACAACCGUACUUGUCCGCAGCUAGCCUUGAAUUAUCCAUUGAAAGCCUAUGGCACAUGAUAAGCGCGUAUCGGAAGCAAACUGUGCACGUCAAUCGCCUUCUCUUGAUUACACUCAUGGAGAAGAUGGUACAACCGGGUAAAAGUCCUCUAUCGGAACUACAGUUUUUACCGGAUGUGUUAAAUGAACUGAUCCAACUAUUUUCUUACCUACCCCUACUGGACCGUGAAGGUCCACGAGUUCGGAUCAAUCUCGGUGAUGAGGUUUCGAUAGUGGCGGAUAAAAGUGACCCCAUGCUCAUCUCGCAACCUUCAGCGCUGACGAUUGAUUUCACUCGCUUAACAGUCGUCGUGCAAAAAGGUUCCGAGAAUUUUGAAUACGGCAACGCGAUAGUCACAAUUGUAGCUGUUCUCCCGUUCGAGCUCUUGACAAUUGAUCCAAUGACUAAAAAAAAUGUGGUCAACUUGUAUAAGAUAGAUACAAGUUAUCGGACCCGGAGCAGCCUUCUGGGGCAAUUCGUCAGUGGCCAACCAGUUGUGCACGUUAACCUGGAACCCGUUUUAAAGACUGUACCAAUGCUGUUCACGCUAACCUUCAAAGAAGAUGGGGAUUGGGAAUCAAUACCGGCUAGUACACUAUUAUGCGCACGUUGGGAUUCACGAGCGGUCGGUUUGCAAGGUGGUUGGAUAACGGGCGACUGCUGGUAUCUCGGCUUAAACGAAUAUAGAAGACAUAUCUGUCAGUGUCACUCGUCUGGCAUUUACAGCUUGUUCCGCUCCGCUAGCGAGACUCGAACACUAUGGUCGGCGUUGGUCCACCGGUUACCGAUUGUCAUCAAUAUUGCAUUGAUAACCCUUGUAGCCACAUGUCUUGUUAUUCGAUCAGCAUGCGUCUACCGGAAAGCUGUGCAUGAAAUGGAUUUGGUGGAAAUGGGCGCACGUCUUCAGCUGAUUAUGGCCUGGUUAAUGAUGUUAUGUUGUCAUCUUAGUCAAUACUUUGUUCAAGCGUAUAUGGCCUACUGCAUUGUCUCGACGACACUCUUUCAGUUCUUCUUGACAUCCGCCUUUUUCUGGCAAGGUACGCUACUUGUCAUACGCCGCUGGCAGAUUCAUGAGCAUUGGAUUCCCAAUCAAAACGCAUGCUUGGCAAAAUUUUCAUUUACCGUCUGGGGUCUCUCUUCCCUUACAAUUCUGACGAUUCCGAUUUACAAAUGGAAAUAUGCCGGUGCUAAACCCAUCAAAUCAGAAUGUUGGAUUGAAGACCCUGUCGACUUUGGACUGACUGUUGCCAUUAUUUGUCUUGCUAUCGUGGUCAGUAUCAUAUUAAACACGAAGAAUAUCUGCGACCAAAAAGAUUUUGGGAUCACUCCGGUGCGGAACGCUAGCGAUAUUUUAGCAGCCAUCGUUCUGCCAGUGAUGGCCUUGGCAGGAUUGUUUGGCAUUGUAGAUAACACUUGGCUGCAGUCGUCUUCAACAUCGAUCGUUUUCACUUUUGCGUCUUCGUUAACCGGGUUGCUGUGGCUGUGUACGUUCUGGACUUCGGUAGCCAGGCCUUUGAUCAAACAUAAAUUUCAACAUUCAAAUGUCAAGGUAGAAGGGGAUUUGCAAUUGAAAAUCAUCUAUGGCUCGUCUAUUGAAUACCUCACCGACCGUUGAUGACGUGUUCCUCGCAAGUUGUA